AUGAAUUGUUUUAGUUUCAAGAAACCACAAAAGUUGAAGAUCAUAAGAGUGGUGCACUUGAACGGCCACGUCGAGGAUUACGAUUACCCAGUGAGCGUAAGCGAAGUGAUUGGGAAUUCAAACAAGCAUUUAGUGUUCACGCCUGCGCAGUUCUUGUCCCAUGGCUCCAAGCCUCUCAAGAAUUCCAUCAUGUUAGAACGGGGCCAGGUCUACUUCCUCUUGCCCCAUUCCACCUUCCACGCCGGCGCUUCCACCGUCGACUUGGCCCCAAUUGCCAAGAAGCUUAACGCAAUCGCCAGGAGUGCGCGGUCCGGUGGGCAAAAUUCCGGGCGGCACCAAAACUGGGCGGUGAAUCUGGGCACUGGAAGUAGCCCGGUUUGGGGUAGUCCUGGCAGAUUAUCAGGGCGAGAUGUGAUUAGUGUGGAGGCCGACGACUUUGGGGCGCAGGGAUCUACUAAAUCCAGGAUUUGGAAGCCCAUUUUGGAGACCAUUAGAGAGAGAUCAUUCAACAGGAGAAGUGAAUCGGAUUUGCAGGAGAAGAGCUGA